UCGUCACAUCAAAUUGGUCGUAGUCUUCAAUGUAAUAAUGUUGGUGACUUUUAAGGAAGAAAAGGAGUUUAGAAGAGAUAUGGGGAGAAGCAUAUUUUCCUUUUUCACUAAGAAGAAAAAAAUGGCGAUGGCGAGAAGCAUCUCUUACAUCACCUCUACGCAGCUUCUCCCUCUUCAUCGUCGUCCCAACAUCGCCAUCAUCGAUGUCAGGGAUGAAGAGAGGAAUUAUGACGGGCAUAUAGCUGGGUCGCUACACUAUGCCAGUGGCUCGUUUGAUGACAAGAUCUCUCAUCUUGUUCAAAAUGUCAAGGACAAAGACACACUUGUCUUCCAUUGUGCUUUGAGCCAGGUUCGUGGUCCAACUUGUGCAAGAAGGCUCGUGAAUUAUCUCGAUGAGAAGAAAGAAGAUACUGGAAUCAAAAUCAUCAUGAUCUUGGAACGCGGCUUUAAUGGCUGGGAAGCUUCUGGAAAACCGGUUUGCGUUAUGUGUUUGGUGCCGCUGUUCCUCGUCCCGCUCAUCAAUUUAAUGCCUCGAAUCAUCGAUUAUUUCAUGGCCAAAUUGUAUGCGUGGCUCGGAUGGGAGUACAGGAAGCCAGCGAGAAUUCCUCCAGCUUGUCCUUUCAAGCCAGUUGCUAAAAACGACAACGCCACCAAAGUGGCAGCGGAAACUGGAACUGAAGGUACAGAAACAAUAGCUAAACCUGUUGUAGCGGAGGAGACGGGUGGUAUUAAGCAGGAUUGAGGCCGAGUCUUUUCUUCAAUAAAACCUUUGUAUUUGU